AUGAAACAUAACCAGAGCUGCUGUCAAACACCUCCCACUAUUACCAUUCAUGUAAAACCAAGUGAAUCUAAAUCAUAUCAGCAAAAAAAGACACUUGCCCUUAAGCGCCCAAAAUUUAAAGACUGCCGGGGGACCUCUGGAAAAAACAUUAAUCAUAAUAUUAAGCCAAAACAAUUAAAAGGUUCAUGUUUAAUUAUUCAGCGUCAGGAAAUGACAGCUUUCUUUAAACUAUUUGACGAUGAUUUGAUACAAGAUUUUUUGUGGAUGGACUGUUGUUGUAAAAUUGCAGACAAGUAUCUUUUGGCAAUGACUUUUGUUUAUUUCAAGAGGGCUGGCUAUAGUAUAAAUGAACACACCAGGCUUAAUUUCUUUGUUGCUCUAUACCUUGCAAAUACAGUUGAAGAAGAUGAUGAAGAGUCAAAAUAUGAGAUUUUCCCAUGGGCUUUAGGAAAAACUUGGAGAAAACUCUUCCCAGAUUUCUUGGCUUUGAGAGAUGAACUGUGGAGUAAGAUGGGUUACAGAGCUAUAGUAAGCAGACGUUGCUGUGAAGAGGUAAUGGCAAUUGCCUCAACACAUUAUGUAUGGCAGCGAGAACGGUCUCUUUAUCAUAGUGGAGCUAUAAGAAACAAUUGCAGAAACAAAGUACAGUUACCUCGAGGACCUAAUGCCACACCUGUAGACUGUUCACUUUGUGGGAAAAAAACACGAUAUAUACGGCUGGGAUUAUCAUCUACCUCCUCCACUGAUACUCUGGAAAUGGUGGAGCAACAUGUCACUCCUGGUUUGCUUGAUCCAACAGAUAAAAUGCUCUUUGAUCCAUCCUAUCAUUGUCACUCCCAAGGUAAGUUAAGUGAACAUAGAAAUAAAAUAUUACUAGGUGGUGACCAGCCUAGGAAUGGGAAAAAAAGUAGUCGAGAUAAAUCCAUGGACUGGUUUACUGGAAAUGAAGAAUAA